AUGUGGAUGAAGAGCCUUCUAGACAUGUGCAGCCAGAGCUCGGAGCAGGUGCUGCGGAGGUACGUCUCAGACACGUACAGGGACGUAGGCAUCGUUCAGAGCUUCAUCAAGACCAGUGAGCAGUGGAUAAAGGACAGACAGAGAGAGGCCCAGAAUAUUGACAAGGUCAGUGAUUCAGAGGAGCUGAGAUCUGUAUUGAAACCAACACUGAAUGGGCUGAAGGACAUGCAGCGCCUCCUGGAGGCCAUGGAGCGGCUCGCAGUCACCUCUGUCCAUGUGUUCCAGAGGAAUCAUAACCCAGUGAUGGGCCUGUCUUCUGCAGCUAACCGGAAGAUUUUGUGUGAAAUCAUCAAAAUUGCUGGAGUCCUGUGCCCUUUACUCCUCUUAUUCAAACAGGACCAGGAGAAAUUCUUCUGCCCUGAGGUGCUCAACAAAGAUGUUCUCCAGAACCAGCUACAGUGUUACAUCAGGACAAUGAGGAUCAUCUGUGAUACAUGGAAAAGCAGUAACCUCAACAAGUUCAGCAUGAAACAACCAAAUAUCUAUCUGGAAGAUUUAUCUGAAGAUGACAUUAAAAAGAUGACCACUAAAAUUCGUGAUCUCAGAGCCCUCAGGGAUGACCCACACUUCAGGAUGGUGAACUUGUUCAAAGAUCACUCCCAGGACUUCAGGCAGAAGUUCUCUGAGCUGAAGCCUCAGAUGAAGGAGCUGAUGAAUGAGUUAGAAGAUUGUGCGAGGCAGCUGGACAGUAUGAACCAUGGAGCCAGGGUAUCCGGUGUGGUCAGCAGUUCAGUGGGUAUUAUCUCAGGAGGGCUGUCUAUCCUGGGUUUGGUGUUAACCCCUUUCACAGCUGGUGCUUCUUUGGCUCUGUCUGCUGCUGGAGCUGGUUUGGGAGUGACCAGUGGAGUCCAGGGCCUGGUGACCACAGCCACAGAGAUUGAGGUCAAUGAUACACAGAGAGCCAGAGCAGAGGAGGCUUUCAAUAAGUGUGUGAAGCUGAUGAAUGAGCUGCAGGACUUCCUGUAUGAUGUCAUUCAUCAGCAUUUCAAAUGCCUGCAUGAAAAGGGUCUGAGAGCAUAUGCUGAAGCUAUUUAUGCAGGUGCUAUAUUUGCUGAUAAUUUAACAGGACUUGGUAGUAUUAUAUAUAAAAGAAUGGCUGGUGAGGUUAUAGAAGAGACAGCUGAGCUAGCUAGAGCUGGUGCCGCAGCACGCAGAGUGGGGAGUAGAGGCCUGCGUUUGGCUAAGUGUGCAAAGAUUGGCACUGGUGUGCUGAAUGGUAUUUUUGCUGUAGUAGACGGAUACUUUCUUUACAAAGAUGCUAAGAGUCUGGCUGAGGGCACCGAGACAGAGCUCUCACGGUGGAUCAGGGCCAGAACAGCUCUGUGGAGCUCAGAGAUCGAAGCGUGGCAGGAAAUCCAUGAUUCUGUCAAUGAGGGCGAGAAGGUUUCUGAGAAAUAUAAGGAGAAGUUACAACAAGCCUUCUAUCCAUAACUCAUAUCUACUUAAAGAUGCUUUAGUUUGAUUUUUAUUAUCAUAAAACAUGAAAAACAGAACUACUUCAGUUUGCUAUGGUCCAAAAUUUUUCCUCACUUGGGCACUCACCGUGGUGUCACAGUAAAGCUAACAACAAGCAUGCUCACCUCACGCUUCCUAAUUCUUGGACAUUAAAAUCUGCUUAGACGCAGACAAGUCACAGCAGUCACACUGACCAUAUUCUGACAAACUAACCUUUUCUGUCUAAAUCACAUCCAGAGUUCUGUUGUAUUUCAUCUUCAUUCAUUCAUGUUUGAAU